AUAUAGCCGCACUCUUCUGACGCCAUCGCCAAUUCGUCGCCGCUGCUGUGACGCAGAAUUUGUGUGUAAGCCUCGUAAAAUUGGUGUAAUUUUGCAAUAUAAAAGGGUAUUGUUGCGGUAAAAGUGGACAAAAAGUGGCGCUAAACCGGUGUCCACACAAUUAAUGCCAAGAGCAGCCACAGGUAAACAAACGCUGCCGAUGCGCGAGAUGGCGGACUUGGAUGCUGUGCACCUGGGCCUGGACGAGAACGAGGCGGACAUUGCAGAGGAGCUGCAAGAUUUUGAGUUCAAUACAAGGAGUGAGGCUUCCGAAUCGAAUGGCGGGGACUCCUCCGACUCGGAGCCCAGUAUCAGCUCGGUGAGCACUGCCACAUCCUCCCUGGUGGGCAGUGGUAAGCGGAAGACCAAGAAGCCGACCAAGGAAAGCCCUAAACCCGCUGCCGAGACAAAAUCCUCAAAGUCUUCCGCCAAGAACAAAGCCAAACGGGAACCCACUCCCGAAGAGCUAAAUGGUGGCAAGAAAAAGAAACGCACGGGCACCGAGACCAAGAAAACAAGCUCAUCUGAGCCUUCUGAUAAGGUCAAGGCCAAAUCCCCGGAUACCGAGGAUCGGCAGCCGCCCGUCAAGAAAUCACGCACCAAGAAACCCUCCAACGCCAACGAUUCUGGUGGCCACAAAAGUGAUCUCAGCGAGGCUGAGGACGAGAAACCAAGUCUUCCAACUUUGGAGUCCGACAGCGAGUCUUCUGACUCGGAUUCAGGCACUCAGCACAAGAGAAACGGAGGAAAUGGAGGCGGCAACGGCCGGGGAAAACUAAGUUCCAAAAGCUCUACACCGGAAAAGGAUUCUGUCGGCGGCGGUACGCAUUCACAUUCACAAAAGGGCUACGACUACAUGACGAAGCUGAACUACCUGUUCCGAGACACACGGUUCUUCCUCAUCAAGUCCAACAAUAGCGACAACGUCCAGCUGUCUAAGAACAAGAGUGUGUGGGCCACGCUCCCGCAGAACGACGCCAAUCUUAACCAGGCAUUCAAGGAAGCCAGAAACGUCCUGCUCAUCUUCUCGGUGAACGAGAGUGGUAAAUUUGCAGGCUUUGCCCGGAUGGCGGCCCCCUCACGGCGGGAUAUUCCUCAAGUGGCCUGGGUAUUGCCGCCUAGUAUUUCGCCCAAGGCACUAGGCGGCGUCAUCGAGCUUGACUGGAUCUGCCGAAAGGAAUUGUCUUUCAACGCCACCCUCCACCUGCAUAACACCUGGAACGAGGGGAAGCCGGUGAAGAUCGGCCGCGACGGCCAAGAGAUUGAACCCAAGAUCGGCGGCGAGCUGUGUCGUCUCUUCCCGGAAGAUGAGCAAAUCGAACUCACCCCCAUACUCAAGAAAUCCAAGGAGACAGCUCGAGUUAUGCGAGAAAAAGGCAUCCACGUGAUUUAUAAGCCGCCCAGGAGUCUAUCCUCGCGAGGCCAUGGAGGAGGAGGUCGUGGCGGAGGCAGAGGAGCGAACCACGACCACUUGGGCCCGAUGCGGCACAAGAGGAGCUACCACGGACCACCACACCAUCGCCCGUACCGUCACCAUCAUGGCAUGGGCCUUCCGCCGGGCGGUGGCUUUAAGAGAAGCGGUUCUCCCUACCGCCAGAUGGGAGGUGCAUCAGGAGCACCACCCGGCGGACCGGGCGACAUGGCCAUACCGUCAUGGGAACGCUACAUGUCCUCAGCUGCAGCUGCUGAAGCGUAUGUGGCGGACUACAUGCGCAACAUGCACGGCCAACUUCCGCCGUUACCCUUCGUUCCUCCGUUCGCCCAGCUGCCGAUGCCAGGAGCUGGAGCGGGAGCAGCUGGAGCCCUUCCACCGGGAGCAACGGCUGCCAUGUACGAGCAACUGCCGCCACCGGUGCGGUACUACGAUGGACCGGGUGCACCGCCUCUGCCGGAUUAUCCGCCUCCUCAGCGACCACCACCACCGGGCUUCGACAAGGCGCCGAGCUACGAGGAGUUUGCUGCCUGGAAGAACGCUGGCCUGCCCACAGUGCCACCACCUGGUUUCCCUGUCUACGGCGGCGCAGCCAAUGGCGGUAGCAAUGGAGCUGGCGGCGUAGCUGCUGCACAGGCAGCGGCUGCGGGCGGCGGCAUGGGAGCUGGUGGAGGUGGAGGAUCCGGUGGCGGUAUGGGUGGACCCGGCGGCUAUCGGAAUCGGGACGGCAACAACGGCUCCGCGGGCGGUCGUCGACGGGAGUACGGAAAUCGCAGCGGUGGCGGCGGAUCUUCGCGGGAUUCGCGACCGUUUCGCGAGCGUGGCGGCGGCGGCGGCCAGCGAAGCUAUCGGGACAACAGGCGCUAGGCCGCAUCGAGGUUUAAAACGAGAUCGUGCUCCUGGCCUCGCUAGAAUCGGAAAGUGUAAUCCUAAUCCUCUCGCGUGUGAAAAUUUAAAGAGAAAUAUUGAAUGCGUUACGGUAUAAGCGAAAAGUUAAUAUGAUAAAACCGGCUAUCGUCUGAAGUCGAUACAACUCUCUUUCCCCUUUCUCUCUGUCCCGCUCACCAAACACCCCCACCACCCACACUAAGAUUAAAAAACAAACUUACAACAUAAGCAAAUUUCAAUACAGCAGAGAUCUUAAUGCUAAUUAAAUAUUUUAAACCACAAAAAAAAUACAAAAUGAAAGAGA